AUGGAAUAUCAUCAACCAGUGAACUGUCUUCAACCAGGCUACGUCGCGUUUAUCGAGAAUCUCCUGCCUCCUUGCCCUUGCGGUUGCGGCUUGCAUGAGUCGUGCCCGGCGGCCAGAACAGAUUCCGCUCCCCCUUCCGCCGUAGUCGCGCGCGCAUCCUCUGCGCUGCCCUCUAAGCCGCUCAUGAGGCAACUUUCGCGGCAGGCUGGGGAGGCGGAACCCGCGCCGAUCCCCUCCCAUCGCCCGUCCGCACCGCUCUUGGCUGCGAUACCGCGAACAGCUAGCUUCGAUACUGGGUCCGCCAUGGCGGCGGCCGGCCGCAGCGCGCCGAGCGGUCGCGCCGCUUCUGGCGCGGGCGGCGCAGCGCGACGAGUGGAUCUAAUGGCGCUGUUGGAAUCGUGGGAGAAGGAGCUCGGAACGUCGUCGGAUGAGGAGUCCGUCGAGGGGGACAGGGUUCCUCGGUACGGCGCGGGGAGGCCGCGCGAAGAAGGACAUUCGGCGAAUAGGAUUACCAGAUUCUCCUCGUUCAACGGUUCUUCCUACAACACGAGGAAAUUUGCGGAAGGAUCGGCGGAGGGCGCCCCGGAGGGCUCGGCGGAGCGGAAAGAGGGUAUCAUGGCGCAAGGGACCGUGGCGGGAGCGGCAGCGGGGGCGGCAGCGGGGGCGGUGGCGACGGGGGCGACGACGACGUGGAAUCAUAGCAGGGUAGGGAGAAUCACCAAAUGGCGGAAUGCUGCAGAUGCCGCUCCGGGGAAUCCGGCGGACGGCGGACUGUCGGGAUCCUUCCGCGCGCGCGAGUUUCGGCGGCAGGCGUCAUUUGUAGAGCCCUCGCGCGCCGCCGCGAAGGCGCAGCCGUUCGGCGCGCCUAGUAACGGGUCACCGGAGCAUGCCUUUGUCGCGUACAUGGCUCAGCAGCGAUCCAGCCUGGAAAACCUCGAAGACGCCGCGUCGUUUUUCUGCGGCGCCGCGCACCAGGCGCGCUCCGACGAUGACACAGCGGUAGCGAAUAUCGAGCUUGCUUUUCCAUCUGCGGAUAAAAUCUCCUCCGGUGGGAUCGCAGGCCGAAAUGCCAUCCAGACUUUUUCUGACAAGACGGGAGCGUUAGGAAGUUUCGCGGAUGCAGCUCUGCCCGUAGAUCCGCCGGAGGAGGUAAGCCGCGCGUUGGCGGUGCUGUCGCAAUGGCGCGCUAAGGCGCAGAGCGGACGCGGCGAGAACGUGAGACAGCAAGUCGGAGGCAAUGUCAAAUCUCCUCCGUCCGCCGGUCCAUCGGAUAAGGUUGCUUCCGCAGGGUCCGCGGCUUCCGCUGCGUUCUCAUCAGUGUUCCCUCUCUCGUCCGCCGCUUCGCCUCCCGCCAGCCCUUCCGCCCCCCCGCACUCCGCCACCUUCCCCCUUUCCCUCGCGGGGUCCCCCGGCUCCCCCUCUUCCGACUCUUCCCCCACCCGCACUUCAUCCACGUCGUCUUCCGCCGUCCCCAUUGCGGCGCCUGUUACAGAUGCCAAGUCAGCAGCCGCUACCGCGCUCGCCAUCAUGCCAAUCAUGGCCAGGCACGCGCACGCGCGGGGGCUGGUCGGCGGACAAGCUACGCGCAACGCGCGCGCGGUCGGCGCAGAUUGCGGGAGGCCCGCUGCCGUGGAGUCUUGCGCGGACGCGCUGCCUGGCGCGCGCAGGGCGAACGCGGAGGGGGAAAAGGCCGUUGAUUUCGCCAACCAUAGCGGCGGGAUUCAGGCAGUUAGUAGCCGAAGGGGGGGCUGGGGAAGCGCAGGGGAAUGCGACGAGGGGCAGGCGGGAAGAAUCGGGGGACUUGGGGGUGAGGUCGCAGGCGCGGGCGCAGACGCAGGCGCAGGCGCGGGCGCGGGCGCGGGCGCGGGGAAGGUUCCCCCUCGCAGCCACGUACAGGCGCUGCUGGAGGACGCGCGGAGCCGGCGCGAGGCGUAUCUGCGCAUCCGAAGCCGCAGCGGGUCGCUCUCCGUAUCCCCCUUUACUUUCGCCCCUCAUGCGCUCACUCCCGCGCCCGGCCCUCCCCCCGCUACUGCCACGCCCGUUCCAGCCCCAUCCCGCGUGCAAACGUUUUCCCGCCUAGACAUCCCGUUGUCUCCCCACUGCGUCUCGUCCACCUCCUCCUCCCCCUCGCCUUCCCCUUCCGCGUCCCUUCCCCCGCCGCUCGCUUUGUACGCUGGCACAAACUCCCCCCCGCUCUCCCUCGCGCACAUUCAGCUGCUGUCGCAGAAGCGCGGAAGCGGGGGAGAAGGCGGAGCGGCAGGGGAAGCGGGGGGAGCGGGAGAAGUGGGGGGUGAGGAUGUUGGUCUGGCGCAAUCCCAGAACCACAUUUCCGCCGCGGCUUGCGCCGCGGCCGCCUUUACCGGCGCAACAGGCGGAGGGUUGGGCGCUGCAGGCGGAACUUUGGUCGCAACAGGCGGAGAGCUGGGCGCGGAAGGCGGAAAUCUGGGCGCAACAGGCGGAGCGGAGGCGGUGCAGGCGUGGCGGCACGGGGAAGGGCAGGCGCAGAGGCGCAGCGGCAUGCCGCCCCUGUCCCCGCGGUCGUCCGCACCAUUGGGGGUCACGAGCUUUUCCAGCCCGCUGCCGCUCUUGCACCCGCCGUAUGAGGCGUCUAGCAAUGCGCCCCUGUCGCACCCGCCACCCGCUCCUGUCUCGCCUCCACUGCUCUCACCUGGCCCCUCUCCUCCCCAUUCCUCCUUCUCCGGCCCUCUUUCCUCCUCCCCCUUCUCCGGCCCUCUCACCUCCUCCCCAUUCUCCGGACCUCUCUCCUCAUUCUCCGGCCCCCUCUCCUCCUCGCUCCCUUCCGCCUCGCCCCUCACGCGCGGCCUCUCCAAAACCUCUCUCAAGCGCGCCCCCUCCCCCACAGCCGUCCACGAGUCACCCCAGUCAACGCAGAGGGCGCCGUCCCCUCGAGUGGGCUUCGAGUGCGGUCAGCAGGCGCCGUCCCCCCGCGCGCGAGGCAGUGGCGGCACAGCCACAGUCGCAGGCGCAGGCGCAGGCGCAGGCACAGCUGCAGCUGCAGGCACAGAAAGCGUUUCGCCUGGCGUUACAUUGGAUGGCGAUGCUGCUGCUGCUGCCAGCAGCAGCGCUGGCGGUGUUGCCAGCUGUCGCUUUCCGUCGAGCCGUUCCGUGGAUGCAGGCAAGUCAGGUGCUGCUGCUGCUGGGGGGGGCUCGCGCGGGCGCAGGCUGAUGAAGGGCGGCAGCGCGCAGGAGCGCGGGCUGGCGCGCAUAGGCGAGCGAGACGAGCCGUGGGGUGCUGUGCCUUCCUCCGUGUCCGCUUCAGGAGUCGUUUCUGUUUCAGCAUUAGCGGCAGACGCAGCAGCUGCAGGUGCAGCAGGUGCAGGGGUUGCAAGGGGUGCAGCAGGGUUGGGAGGGAUGGCAGAGGCAGCAGCAGGGAGCAGGGAGUAUGUGAAUCGGAAAGUGCAGAUCCCACAUUCCUGGAAAGCCCCUCCGACCAUUAUCGUGCCCUCUCCCUCCUCCUCAUCCCCCUCCAUCUCCUCCCUCUCCUCUAUCCCCUCCCUUUCCUCCUUUCCCUCCUCCUCUUCCAUCCCCUCCUCCUCCUCUAUUCUCUCCUCCUCCUCCUCCUCCUCUUCUCUCGCCUUUGCGUCGCCUGCCCCCACAAGUCAAUCUCCAAUGCUGCCUUCUGCUACUCCUGUUGAGGCUGCUGCGUCUCAAAAUUCAUCCCCAGUGCUGCCCUCACCUGCGGCACCUGAUGAAACACCUGAGGGGACACCUGAAGCGGCACCUGAAACGGCACCUGAAGCUCGCAGUGUCGCUUCUGAGGCGACUCGCAGCAACUCUUCCUUCCUCCGACGACCAGCCACCCCAUACCUAGCUCCACCUGCCGUUACCGAACCAGCCACACUCACCGAGCCUGCACCAGCAUCUGCUACCGAGCCUGCUGCUGAGGCUCGGGGGAGGGUGGGCGGGUUCAGUGAGCCAAUGAAACGAGUGGUCCGGUUCAGCAAGGAAGGUUCGGUCCCUUGCAACGAGCAGCAUUCCCUCUCAGGCUCUUUUCCUGCUGUCGCUCGCUCUCAGGGGGCGGGUCGCCGCUCCCUCUCCCCGCCCUCUGCCCUCUGCUCCUCUGCUGCGGCCAGUGCAGGGCAGGUGAGCGCAGGGCAGGUGAGCGCAGGGCAGGUGAGUGCUUUCGUGAGGGCUCGUGAUGGUGGCCGUGCGAAGCAUGGUGGCAGUCGGCUAAGUGGUGUGCAGCAGAGGAAGGCCGGUGAGACCAAGGGUGGUGGGAGGAGGGGUGGCGGGGUGAAGGCUGGUGAGAGUUCCUGUGGGGAGGAGGAGUUGGUACCUAGUCCGGCUUCUUCCACUUCAUACUCCCCUUCCUCCUCCCCUUCCUCUUCCUCCUCGAGGACGGGGAGGCAGUACUGGUGCCGCACGCUGUGCAAGGCGGCUCUCAGAAGCGCAGCAGCGGUGGAGGCGGUGGGGCGCAAGGUGGCCAUGCUGGAGAUGGUGCGGGGGGCGCCGCAUGUGGUCACCAUGCUGCGAGCAUUUGAGGACACGCAGGCCAUCCACAUGGUAUUGGAGCACUGUCCCGGAGGCAACCUUGCCGAUCGCCUCGCUUCCUGCCGGGCCUUCUCCGAGCCUGACGCCGCAGCUGUGGUUCGGCAGGUGGCGGCAGGUCUGGCGGCGUGCCAUGAGAUGGGGGUGGUGCACCGGGGAGUGAGUGCGGAGGCUGUGCUGCUGAUGGGGCAGGAGGGAUCCCCUGUGGAUGUGCGGUUAUCUGGCUUUCAACAUGCCACCUUCUUUGAACCUGGUCGCCUGCACACGGAGGCAGUGGGAGCACCGGCAUACAGGGCACCGGAGAUGAUCCAGGGGGGGUACGGCCCGCCAGCAGACGUGUGGAGCCUCGGGGUGUUACUGCACCUCCUGCUCUCCUCCCGCCUCCCCUUCCACGCCUCCUCCCCCGCCGCCCUCUCCUCCUCCAUCCUCAACGACCCCGCCUCCCUUCUCUCUGCACCUACCAGUGACUCACAGCCGCAUGGGCAGUCGCUGCUACUGCCCGGAGCUGUGCCGCCCGGUGCACAGCUGCACGGUGCAGGGCUGUCAGGGGAGGGUGUGGUGUCGGCGCCAUCGUCCGCUGCGUCUUCACCUGGUUCUGCGUCCUCUCAGUGCUCUCCCUCUUUCAGUCAGUCCCCGUCUCCUGUCGCCACUUCAGCUGCUGCUGCAGCAGCAGAGGCAGUCACAGGAAGGGUGGAGGGGAAGUAUGGGGAAGGGGAAGGGCAGAGCACAGAUGGGUAUGAGGUAUCAAUGGCAGGGCAAGUGGCUGUGUCAGAGGCAGGAGUGUUGGGUACGGAGUCGGUAUCACCAGCAGUUCCCAAUGCGCCUGGAGAAGGCACCAGUGGGGCAAAUGGGAGUGGGAGUGAUGGGAGUGGUGGUGAUGGAGUCACCGGGGUGGAGGGUGAGGUGCAGGAGGGUGUGUGGUGGGUGCAGCUGUCGCCUCCAGCGGUGGACCUGCUAAGGCGCAUGCUGGAGAAGGACCCUGGGAGGCGCAUAGAUCUGCACCAGGUGCUGCAGCACCCCUGGAUUCAACGAUUGUGA